CUAAUGCAAUCAAAAUAUUAAAAAAAUGAAUUAAAACAAAUUGAAAGUAAAUACUGAGUUGUAAGUCAGAAUUCCGAAUGAGCGAUAAAUCUCAGCCUUAAUGAUUUUCAAUGCCCUAUCAAAACAAAACAAUUCAAAAGUCGACUUUUAAGCGAGAAAAUUGUGAAUACGAUUUGCUAAUAAGAUUGAUUGAUCCUGAUUGGUUGUUUUUUUCAAUUCUAUUUCGAGUUAGCCAGGCCUGUCAAGUAUCAAUUUUCUUAAGUGCGUUGAUUAUGGAUAUACAAUGGCGAAAAAUGAGUUUAUGAAUAUGUGUGCUUUUAGAAGAAACUGGUUUGCCUAUUUCUAAAUCUGAGAAACUUUGAUAGAGUCGAAAGCCAUUAUUUUUGUUGACAUCAGCGCACUAGUCAGAUUAUGGUGCAUUGUGACAUCCAGGUGCGUCAUUUUCCCAUUUUAUUCCUUUUUUGUUGUUUUUGGACUGAAUAUUUACAAAAUGGCGAAAAAUGAGUGACAAUAAAUGUGUUUACUGGACGAAGAAAAUUAUUUGUCUAAUUAUACACUUGAGAAAUUCUGAGUCGAAAAAAUUAGGAAAUCGAUCAUCUUUUAUGUCGACUUCAAUAAAUGAAAUUGAUGAUGAUAGUGCAGCUCUGAAUAAGAAUCAAAUGGCUUAGAAUUGGAAUUGCAAGAAUAUGUGGAAAAAGAUGUGGUUAUAGAAGAGAUUGUUUAUUGUAUCGUAUUACGAUCUACCGAAGCAUUAUGUCUGAAAAACAGUUUGAGAAAGUUGAGCCUGGGGCAGAAGGUUUUAAAGCGGUGAAGCGAAGGGUGGAAAUUGUUGACGAUGAUGAUAUUGCCUUUCUUGGUGCAUAUCCUAAGAAAAUAAAACAGGUGGAAAUUGUGGUAAAUGUUGACGUUGGAAAUGAAAUUUGUUUUAAAGAAAGCAAUGAGAACAAUACAGUCAUUGUCAAUAAUUCCAUUAUUAAGAAAGAAAAUGAAGAUAUCAAUGUUAGUGUACAGAAUAAUACUAUCGAUAAUAUCGGUACUGAAGCUGUUGUACAAAAUUGUGAAAACAAUGUAAGAGAUGGAUACAUUGAGGAUAUUUCUCAUUUAACUAAUGCACAACAGGAACAUGAUGGUGACAUUAUAAACAACUCUGUUAAUAAAAUGGAAGGUGUAGAAAAUCUAAUUUGUUUCAAAGGAGUAAAUGAGGACGAUACUGCUGCUGGGAACAACUUUGUUGUUAAAAAAGAAAUGGAAGACGAUGAUAUUGUCUUUCUUGGUGUAUUUCCUAAAAAAAUAAAACAGGAGGAAGUUGUGUUAAAUUUUGAAGUUGCAAAUGAAAUUGGUUUUAAAGAAAGCAAUGAGAACAAUACAGUCAUGGUGAAUAAUUGCAUUAUUAAAAGAGAGAAUGAAGAUAUCGAAGUUACUGUACAGAAUAAUACUGUCGUUAAUAUCAGUGAUGAAGUUAUUAUACAAAAUUGCGAAAACAAUGUAAGGGAUGGAAACUUUGAUAUUUCUCAUUUAACUAAUACACGACUGGAACAUGAUGGUGACAUUAUAAAUGACUCUGUUAAUAAAAUAGAAGGUCUAGAAAAUUUAAUUAGUUAUAAGGAAGCAAAUGAGGAUACUGCUGUUGUGAACAAUUUUGUUGUUAAAAUAGAAAAUAAUGAUGUGGAUGUAAGUACAGUGGGUUAUAUUAGACAAGAAUGUGCUAUAGAAAACAAUGUGGAUAAUGAUAAUCAAAGUGGUGAAGGGAUUUUUGAAAAAGAUGGAGAUAUUGAUAAACAAAUAGAGGUUGAUAUUGUACUAAAAAAAGAAAAAGAUGUGGAUGAAAGUAUUGCGAUUAAUAGAACGGAUAAUAUUCUUAAAAAUUGUGACAGCAACGUAAAAAGUGAUGUAACCUUAUGUGUAGACUCUAUUAGAUUGACUAUUAAGCAAGAAAAGGAUGCUGAUGAUACAUCUAUUAAUUUAGAAGCUGCUAACCUCAAUUUUGAUUGUCCUUCAGUACCCAUAAAAAAAGAAAAUACAAACGAUGUACAGUGUUCUGUUGGACCAUCAUUAGUAACAGAUAAUUCUACUGAAUUAACCUCCAUGAUGGAUCUGAACGAGUCCUUGCAUUCAAAUGAAUCACUAGCUAACGCGAUAUUCUCAUCGGAUUCACGGAAGCAAUUCGAUUUUCAUUGCUUGAGCAAAAAGAGCGAUGAGUUAGAAGUUGCGACUGACGACGAAGAACUGUGCGACACCGCCCCUUCAUCGCCGGUGUCAGAAGAUGAUGGAAUAACUCCCGAAGACCUUGCGGUUAUGAAUUUGAUGCAGACUGAAGCCAAUGCCAGGUUGUUCGAAUCGUCUGUACUCAGGAAUAAUGGUGAGCUUACAAUGAAUAAGCAUUGCGAUUUUUAUGGUUUAAGCCAACUUGAUUUUAAAACAAAAAUAGAAAGCAUUGAUCUCUCUAAUUGCUCCUUGAUAUUGACAGCCAUACGGAAAAGAUUGGAAGAUUUUAAAAUUGAUUCAUCAACAAAUGAUGUAAGCUUUGUAGAAGAUAUAAAGAACAUACUUUUGAUGAGUAAGGGAGAUAAAAUGACUUCAAAAUCACCUACUCUAGAAUCUGAUCAAAAAGGGUCUGAACAGUCUUUAGGUCACCAUAGUCCUAUCUACACAUGUCUUCGCCAAGAACCAAUCGUAUUUGAGACUCCAGAAACGGGAGGAUUUGAUCUGAAUGCCGUGAGAUGUCUAAAAAAUUGGCAAAAUGACGAGAUUAGAAAGUUAAUCUAUCCCAGAAUACAAAAUGGGAUUCCACGGACAACUGAAUCUGAUCUAAGAAAUAACAUGCAAGUAGGGAAUGUAAGAUUGAGAACUUUAGCUUCAGAACGGUUUCCCUCAUCAGCCGGUAACUCAAUUAGAAUCAAUGGUAACAGUUUGCAAAAGAAAAGGAGCUAUCCAGGUAGUAACAUUUUAGAACCUGUAAUAUCGUCUCCGGAAGCGGUUCCAGUUUCGGCUACUUUAGUUUGUCGGAAAAAACCCCUUUCUAACAACGCAGAACCACCCAAAAAGAUUCAGAAGAUCGUUGUAGCAGCUCCGGAAAUUUCAGGUGAUGUUAUCGUUCAUUCGUGUUUAGUAAACGAUCCAUUAAACCCCUCUCGAAUUAGCAGUCUAGAAAAGGAAAGCAUAAUUGCGGAGCCUAGCUCACCCGUAAAAGAUUUGAGGGAAUAUUUAAACAGGAAAAAGAAUGGUCAUUAAAAAAUGUUCAGAGGUUGUUAUUGUUGAAGUUUACCGUUUUGACAAUACCUCAUUGCAUUGAUGUGUGAUAUACUACAGUCAUUAAUGUGUAUAAUUACUGUAUUCUAAUCUGUUUAUAUUCUUACUGUACUGUAUUCUAUUCUAUCUAAUUUCUUCUCUGUAAUCUAAAUACAUUCGUAAUGCUUUUAUUUCCAAUAUGAAUAAGCUUUACACAUUAAUCGAAAAUUAUUCAUUUUGAUAAAUAUUUUAUCUCUUUCCCAUCAUUUAAAAUAAAGCUGAGCUGUUUUUGAAAAAUUAGUGUUAGCUAAAUUCUGCCUUAUUUUAAAUUGUGUAACAAUUGCUCGAUGAGUUAUUUUUAUAAAAUGGUUAGAAAUAAAUAUUUAAACAGGAAAAAGAAUGGUCACUAAAAAUAUGUUCUGAAUUUGUUACUGUUGAAGUUUACUGUUUUUGCAAUAUCUCGUUGUGUUGUUAUGUGACAUACUAUAGUUAUUAAUGUAUAUUAUUACUGUAUUCUAAUCUAUAUAUAUAUUAUUAUUGUACUGUGGUCUAUUCUAUUUAAUUCUUUUCUGUAAUCUAAAUACAUUCGUAAUGUUUUGAUUUUUGAUAUGAAUAAGCUUUACACAUUAAUCGAAAAUUAUUCAUUUUGAUAAAUAUUCCAUUUCUUCCCCACAAUUUAAAAUAAAGCUAAGCUGGUUUUGAAAAAUUAGUGUUAGCUAAAUUAUGCCUUAUUUUAAGUUGUGUAACAAUUGUUUGAUUUAUUAUUUAUAUAAAAUGGUUAGAAAUAAAUAUGACUUAACCGGAUAAAUAUUUAGAAAUAAAUAUUUAAACAGGAAAAAGAAUGGUCAUUAAAAAAAUGUUCUGAAGUUGUUAUUGUUGAAGUUUACCGUUUUGACAAUACCUCAUUGUGUUGUUGUGUGACAUACUAAAGUUAUUAAUGUGUAUUAUUACUAUAUUCUAAUCUGUUUAUAUUAUUACUGUACUAUAUUCUAUUCUAUCUAAUUUCUUCUCUGUAAUCUAAAUACAUUCGUAAUGUUUUUAUUUUCGAUAUGAAUAAGCUUUACACAUUAAUCGAAAAUUAUUUAUUUUGUUAAAUGUUCCAUUUCUUUCCCGUUAUUUCAAAUAAAGCUAAGCUGUUUUAGAAAAAUUAGUGUUAGCUAAAUUACGCCAAUUGUGUAACAAUUGUUCGAUUUGUUAUUAAUAUAAAAUAGUUAGAAAUAAAUAUGACUUAGCCUUUUUUCAUACU